GCGGCGGCCAUCUUAGCUGCGCGCUCCCGCCCGCGAAGGGGGUGAAAUUGUCGCAUCUGGGAGCGUGGAGCCAGACAGACCCAAAGGGGAGGCGCGGGGUCAAAGUGCGCCGGCCUGGGCGCGGACGCGGCAGCCACCCUUCCUCCGAAAGCACCAGCUCGCUCAGCCCGGUGGAGCCGAGGCAGCAGCCCCGGGAGGAGGAGGCCUGUAACCCCGCCGGCCUCCCCUUUUCGGAGGCCUCCAGAGCAACCUGCGGGUCCUUUCUCGCGAAAGACAAGCAUCUCCGUCGUUCGCGUCACAGUGACCCGGGCCCAGCGCCCCCUUGUCCCCGCCAGCCCGCAGUUCUCUCGGGUCCCGGGGAGCACUAGGCGGAGUUGCUCCGGCUGUGGGUGUCGGUUAUGGGAGUCUGAGGCUGAUAAAUGAUGCUUGAUGGCAGAUGAGUAUUACCUGUUGCUUAAAGAGUGACGGUAGGAGGCAAGACUCCCAGUUACUACCUGAUCAAGAGGAAUUGAGAUUGACCUAUCCAUUAAAUUCAGACACUGUCUUGAAGAGACUUUGGGAACAAGAAAUAUUUGGGCAGAUUUCACUCUCUGACUCAAUGGAUGCCAGACAUUGAUCUUUCCCCUUGUGGUCGUCUUUCCCAAGACUUUUUCUGUCUUCAUAAGGAGAAGUCAGAAGGGGAAAAGACUGUGGCUGGAUCUCUGACAAAUUAGUCUCAGUGAAUAUUGGUGGAGAUGGCAAUUUCCUGAUGCCAAGAUGUCUGUGAUGGUUUAGGACCCAGUGAGAGAACGUGUCUGUGGAAGUCAGCCAGGAGGAGUGGACUUUGCCGGAACAAACUCAGAGAAACCUGUACAGAGAUGUGAUGCUGGAGAACUACAAGAAUCUGGUUGCAAUACGUGGAACAAAGAGGAGAGCUGAGGACACUGGGAAGAGUUCUGCAAAGCGAGGGAGAAGGCAGAUUGGGACACAUGUCUUAAUACCAAAUGGUCAGAACCUCAGCAGAAUAUUUUGCAGGGGAAACAUCCAGUGUGGUGGAAAUGGUGUUCAAAUUCCUAUUUCCUGGAAUCCUAGAAUUUACUUUAGGGAUGAUCCUUUGAUGGAUGAACCCACAUUGGAUAGAGGAAAUGUCUUCCUCCCCUACACUAUAAAGGACAUGAUUGGGCCAGUUGGUGAAAUUCUGCAUGUGGACUGUGUGUUAGCUCUGCUUGCUCAGGACCCUGCCUGGCCAGGAGAGAGACACACCAGAGGAACUAUGGCUGCAGGAUUGCUGAGAACCUGGUCACAGGACUCGGUGACCUUUGAGGAAGUGGCAGUGGACUUCUCCCAGGAGGAGUGGGCAUUGCUGGAUCCUGCUCAGAAAAUCCUGUACAGAGAUGUAAUGCUGGAGAACUUUAGGAACCUGGCUUCAGUGGGGUAUCAUCUCUGCAAACACAAUCUGAUCACUGAAGUGGAGCAGGAAGAACUGAGGCCAGAGGAGAGAGGAAUUCUCCAAGGUGCCUGUACAGUUUCAGACUGGGAUACUCAACUGAGAUCCGAAGAUGCAAUUCCUAUGCAGAAUGUUCCUGGGGAAAAAACUUCCAGUGGCAGAAAAAUGGCACCAACUCAUUCUGGCCGGAAACCCUUAGAAUUUGAUCGUUGUGGAAAAUUCUUCAGAAGGAACUGUCACCUUAUUUGUGCAAGAUAUUGCAAGGGAGAGAAAUGCUACAAAUGUAAAGAAUAUGGGAAAGACUUCAGCCAUCCCUCAACCCGUAGAAGUCAUGUGAAUACUCACACUGGAGAAAAAACUCUUGUAUUUAAUGAUUGUGGAAAAGCUUUCAAUCAAGAGUCAUCCCUUAGGAAAUGCUUAAGAGCUCUCACAAAAGAGAAAUCUUAUGAGUGUUAUCAAUGUCUUAUAUCCUUCAGCUUACACUCUUCCUCUUCAGUACAUGACCAAAUACCUACAGGAGAGAAACUCUGUGAAUGCAGUGUCUAUGGGAAAAGAUCUUCUCUCAGUGUCCACCAAAAACUAUAUACUGUGGAGGAAAGCUUAAAAUUUAAUGAACAUGAGAAAGUUUUCACUGGCCCCUUGUCCCUUCAGAAAUAUGUGAAACCUCACCCUGGAGAGAAACCUUACGAAUGUAGUGACUGUGGGAAGGCCUUCAUUUUUCAGUCUUCCCUUAAGAAACACGUUAGAUCACACACUGGAGAGAAACCUUACGCAUGUUAUCAUUGUGGAAAAUCCUUCAGCCAGAGCUCUCAUCUUAAUGUGCACAAAAGAACUCACACUGGAGAGAAACCCUAUGACUGUAAGGAAUGUGGCAAGGCUUUCACUGUUCCUUCCUCCCUUCAGAAACAUAUGAGAACCCACACUGGAGAGAAACCCUACGAAUGCAGUGACUGUGGGAAAGCCUUCAUUGAUCAGUCAUCCCUUAAGAAACAUACACGGUCUCACACUGGAGAGAAACCUUAUGAGUGCAAUCAGUGUGGAAAAUCCUUCAGCACAGGCUCUUAUCUCAUUGUACACAAGAGAACUCACACUGGAGAGAAAACCUAUGAGUGUAAAGAAUGUGGGAAGGCCUUUAGGAAUUCCUCUUGCCUAAGGGUCCAUGUGAGAACUCACACAGGUGAGAAGCCCUAUAAAUGUACUCAGUGUGGAAAAGCAUUCAGCACCAGCACUAACCUUAUAAUGCACAAGCGAAUACAUACUGGGCAGAAACUCUAUGAAUGAAAUGACCGUGGAGUAGCCUUAAGUGGUCCUUCACACCUCACUUCUCAUUUUAGAACUCACACUGGAGACAAACCUACAUUGUGAUCAAUGUAGAAAGCCUUUAGGUACAUCUCUUGAUUCACCUUAUACCAGGACCAACCUUAUAAAUGUUAUAGUUCUGUGAUUAUCAUUAUCAGUGAGUGUUUCAUCCUUAAAGUGUGACAGCGUAUUAACUGAUGAGUGUUAAAGGUUACGUAGCACUCUAAAUUCUCCUUGAUCUACAUCACAAAAGUUUUGAUGUAUAAUGUUUUCAUUGUAAUUUAGUAUUAAACAUUGUCCGAUCCUCAUCAAGAUGUCUUGGACUUAUAGGUUAUUUAGAAGUUUAUUUUUUAAUGUGCAGACUGUAUCAUAUUUUAGUUAUCUUUUUGUCCUAGAUUUCUAACUUCAUUGAAUUAUGCACAGAAUGCACGAUCUUCAUGAUAGAGAUUCUAAACAAUAUAGAUUCAAACAGAAAAUUGUUGGAGACUUGCUGUGUGGCCUAAUGUGUGAGACACUACACAUUGCCAUCCCAAUGUCCAGUUUUCCCUUCCUUCCUUAAAGUAACAAAACUACAAUUUUGUUCACAUUGGCAGGGUGGACAAUUUUGUAAGGACUCAGCUCCAGCUUUCCUUGCAGCUCUGACUGCCCAUAAGCCCAUCGUUCUGUCCAAUGAGCAAUAGGCAAAGGUCACUGCUUGUUGGUUCUAAAGAAGCCCAUGGAAAUGGGAGCAUCUCAUUUGGCAUUUUCUCUUUACCCUUUGCCUUGUCUCUUCUUUCCUAGAAAAUAGACCAAGAGGAUGACAGUCAUAGGCUACUGAUUAUACGAGAGGGACAUACAAUAUUAUUUGGCUGUGCCAGCCUUGGGUUGCUUAUUUCUGGACUUCGUGGAACAUGAGAAAAAUAAACUCCUACCUGGUUUAAA